UAACUGACAGAUCAUGAAGUUUAAUAAUGAGAGAUUAAUUUUAGUUGUUUAUUUAGUUUAUUUAAGUGGGAAUUCUUCUGGGAAGUUGCCGGAGAAAUUGAGGAAUAUCAAGAAGAAGUGGGAGAAGUUCACGAAGGGACAGGGCAAGGGUCACGAUAUUUUUGCGGACAUCAACCCCUUGGAAUAUCCUUGGGGGAACGACACCCUCAGGGAAUUCCACCAGGAAAGGUGGAAUGAUUAUUAUAAAUGUCUCAAAACGAGACACUCGACUGCUGGUGAUCGAAAGACUCUUUACCCUUCAGCCAUAGUAACCAUGGAAGGAUCCUCCAUAAUACUCCCCUGCGGCAUUUGCAUUUCCCCAAGUGAAUACCACACGAUCGAAUCGAUCGAUUGGUUCUACAACAGCACGACAGACACCAAUAUGACGAGUGUCCCAGUGUCCACUGACGAGCACACGUUAAUUUCCCCAAGUGACAGAACCCUCCAAAUAUUCAAUACUGCUCUCGACAAAGAAGGUUUUUACUGGUGCCAAUUAGAGGACACAAUGUCCAAUCCUUACUACGUCCACGUAAGCAAUGAAACGGAUGCAUUGAGAAUCGUCCAAGGGGAUGAGGCACCCGAUGCUCUUCAUCCUGAGCCUCCAGUCAUCAUCGAUGAAUAUGGAUUGAGAAUUUUUUCGGACUGGAGUGACUGGUCCAGCUGCUCUAAAUGCAAUAUCGUCGGGAGAAAACAGCGAUAUGGAUAUUGCAGUAUUGAACUCGUGAAUUAUGGAGGACAUCACAUCCGCAGGAAGAGGAACAACGAUGUUAAUGAGCCACUGGAUUCCGACGCCGAUCUCGGGACUGUAAUCGAGAAGAUUCUCAUUUUCUUCGGGAACAAACUCCCCUGCAGGUCGAUUUACACUCCCCAGAAGAUCCAGGAGCUCGCGCAGAUAAAAAAUCGAAAGAACGAACUGAUGAGAAAAUUCUGCAAAAUCAAAUGCGAGGAGACGGUGAUAUUUGAGAUACGAGACAAGUCGGGGAAUGUCAUCGAGAGUGCGAACAAUAGUGCGGGGAUUUAUUCAGUGCUCCAGGGUGUGCCUGAGCCGCUGCCAUCGGUCCAGCGGGAAACCCUGUACAUCAAACACGGGAGUAAAGCGGAAUUAAAAUGCCCUGGAAAUUUGAAUAGUGACACUCCAAUGACAUGGCAAAUAGCUUCAAAAUCCAUCAAUCCAUUAUCCAUAAGUGAUGAAUCCAAUGGGAGAAUAUCUCUAGAUCCCCAUGAUCGAUUGAUCUUCAAGAGACUGCGAUUCACAGACACAAAUAUUUACAGUUGCUGGCAGAUGGGAAAACUCGCUGGAACGAUAAGACUCGAAGUCGCAUACGAAGUAGAAUUUAAAAUCGAUCAUCGAGUGAUGAUGAUUGGGGCUAUUGCAAUUCUCUCGACAUUUAUCGUUGUAUUUUUUCGGGCAUUCAGGGGCCGAAGGAGAUACACCAAGCACUGAAUUAUUUA